CGUUUUGUUUUGGUGUUUAGAAUGAACCUAGUCAGUUCAGUGUCACGUUGCUAGCUGUGCACAACCUACUGCUAGCUUAUUUGAAAGAAAUUUAUGUGCGUCUCCUGUUGCAAAUACUUUUAUUGUGCACGCUUGAAUGUACGCAGCCAUGUGGCUGAUGAAAAUCGGUUAUUCCCUCUUAGCAAUAUUACUUUUAUUAUCACUACGCUACGUUACUAAUACUUAGCUAAGGAUAACGCUUUGUACGUGGAUGGGAGGAGUUGGGACUUUUCUAUCAUUGUCGCAUUCAAUAUAUUAACUUUUAGUUGCAUUGUUAUCGUAUGCUCUUUAUCCUGGUUGAUAAGGCGUUAAAUCCUUCAGAGGGACCUGUGUUCAUGACGAAUUUGCACGUGUUUUGAAAAGUCGCUGUGAAGUCAUUUAACUACAGUAAAUAAUGAAUGAAAAAUAACUCAAGGCUGCUAAUUUACAACACUUAGCGUUAGAAAUAAUACACGUGAUCGUUACUUGAGUGGAAAUACUGAUACUUGUGUAAAAACAGGAAAAGUAGAGAAAAAUAAAAAAUGGUGCAACGAUCCGAUCAAAAUGAUUGGCCGUUGGUGGCUGUCUGUAAUAUAAGAUACUACUUCUUUUACUAAUUACCACAACACGGCCCCUGUGAAUGCUAUACAUCUAUUAUACACUCAAGAUUGUAGGACAACAGGUUCUUUAAAACCAUCCUUUUUUUCACGAUUAGUCGACUAAUCUAACUAAUCUAAUAUAUAAAUGGCGGAAAACACAGACAAGGCUGAAAAAGCAGUUUCUGCUCUUACCCCCCUCUUUAAAAUAAACUGCUGUACUUAAACCCAAAAUAACUUGUGUUUGAUAGAACAAUAUGUCUAUAUGCUGCCAUAGCAGAUUCAUGGCGCAUCAAGUCUCCGAACUAUUUUUCAUUUGUCCAUUUUACGCUGGAAACCCCCGUUUACAGACGUCGGGCAACAGCUUUUGUUUCAACCUAGCCAUAAAAAGAAGAGUUUCCCAUCAUGGUGAACCAGGUUCAGCGAGCGGAUGGUAGCUGGCAGUCAUGCAAGAGUGACUCAAGCGGUGCGGGCACCAGCGGAGAGAGUUCCAAGGAGAGCUCCCGGUGUUCCACACCAGUGCUGGACGCAGAUCGUGCGGACAGGUUGCGGGACAAAAUGAGGAGGCGGAUCGAAUCCGGGGACCACUGGUUCUCUCUAGAAUUCUUUCCCCCUCGGACUGCCUCGGGUGCAGUCAAUCUCAUCUCCAGAUUUGACCGUAUGGGCUCUGGAGGGCCACUCUUCAUCGACAUUACGUGGCAUCCCGCUGGAGACCCGGGUUCAGACAAGGAAACGUCGUCCAUGAUGAUUGCCAGCACUGCGGUCAACUAUUGUGGCUUGGAGAGCAUCCUACACUUAACGUGCUGCAACCAGACCAAAGACAAGAUCACUGGCUACCUGGCUAAAGCAAAGCACUUGGGCCUGAAAAACAUUAUGGCCUUAAGAGGAGACCCACUGGGUGCUGAUUGGGAGGAUGAGGAAGCUGGCUUCAACUAUGCUAUUGACCUUGUAAAACACAUCCGAUCAGAGUUCGAUGAUUACUUUGACAUAUGUGUAGCAGGUUAUCCCACUGGCCAUCCAGAGGCAGAAAGUUAUGAGGAAGAUGUGCAACACCUAAAGGAGAAGGUGGAUGCUGGAGCAAACUUUGUAAUCACUCAGCUCUUCUUUAGGGCGGAAUCCUACCUUAAAUUUCUUGAAGACUGUCGUGCAGUUGGGAUCACAUGUCCCAUCCUUCCAGGGAUUUUCCCCAUUCAGGGCUACCAGUCCCUGCGUCAGCUUGUCAAGUUGUCCAAACUGGAGGUACCCGAGGAGAUCAUGAAAGUCAUCGAGCCCAUCAAAGACAAUGACGCUGCCAUCCGUAACUAUGGAAUCCAACUCGCGGUGGAAAUGUGCAAAGUGUUGCUGCAAAGCGGCAAGGUGCCCGGCCUGCACUUCUACACUCUAAAUCGAGAGGUUGCCACCAUGGAGGUCCUACGGCAGCUCGGCUUGUGGAUAGAGGACCCCAGGCGGCCUCUCCCGUGGGCGGUGAGCGCAAAUCCCAAGCGUAAAGUUGAAGAUGUGCGACCAAUCUUCUGGGCUUCCAGGCCUAAGAGCUACAUCUACAGAACCCAGGAAUGGGAUGAGUUCCCAAAUGGCAGAUGGGGUAACUCCUCAUCUCCAGCUUUCGGUGAAUUGAAUGAUUACUACUUGUUCUACUUGAAGAGCAAGUCAUCUAAAGACGCCCUGCUGGAGAUGUGGGGAGAGGAGCUGAAGAAUGAGCAGAGUGUCUAUGAGAUCUUCACCUGCUAUAUUACAGCCCAACCAAAUCGCAAUGGACACAAGGUUAUGUGCAUGCCGUGGAAUGACGAGCCUCUGGCCCAAGAAACCAACCUGUUAAAGGAUGAAUUGGAGAAAGUGAACAGACGAGGCGUGCUUACCAUCAACUCCCAGCCCAACAUCAACGGCAAACCCUCAACUGACCCAAUCGUGGGCUGGGGGCCUCCUGGAGGUUAUGUCUUUCAAAAAGCUUACCUGGAAUUCUUUACAUCAAGCGAAAAUGUGUCUGCGCUCCUCGAAGUACUAAAGAAGUACGAGCCCCGUGUUAACUACCACAUUGUUAAUGUCCACGGCCAUAACCGCACCAACGCUCCGGACAUGCAACCUAACGCUGUGACGUGGGGGAUAUUCCCUGGUAGGGAGAUUGUUCAGCCCACUAUUGUGGACCCGGUCAGCUUCAUGUACUGGAAGGAUGAGGCUUUUGCAUUGUGGAUUGAGCAGUGGGCCAAACUGUACGAAGAUGAGUCGCCUUCGCGGAUGAUCAUCAAAUAUAUCCACGAUAACUACUUCCUGGUGAACCUGGUGGACAAUGACUUCCCAUUGGACAACUGCCUAUGGCAGGUGAUUGAUGACAUGUUUGAACAACUGGAUGCGUCUCCACAGGCAUCACUCCAUGAACUAUUAUCAUAGGCUAAUGUUCAAGUGUUUACGGUAUUUACUCAAAGAAGGACAAAAAAGCACCCCUAAAAUAUUUCAUACUAUCACGCUGCUAUUUGAAGGAAAAUGUUUCCUACAUAGUGUUUUAAGUCAGUAUUUUAUUUCUUUUGUACUUUUAGAAUUUUUAACCAGAAAAUGUGAAAAAAAAAAACUCUUCGGCUGCCAUUGACGGUGAUAGACGUCCAAUCUAUUUGAAGUGGGAGGGAUAGCAGUGAAUGAACGAACCGCCCACUUCGAAUGGAUUGGAUCUGUACUCGUGACAAACUAAAUUUGACAGCAGAAGAUUAAAAACAGCGACAUGAUUAGAUGUCUAUCAUUGUCAAGUGCACAGAAAGAGUUCAUCAUUUGAAAAAAAAUAUUUUAAUUUCUUUCAUAAGAGCAAUAUGUUACUGUUUUAAGCUGUUUUUUUUUAGUUCAUUUUUUAACUAUGUUUCAAAGGACUGUCAAAUGAAUUGAUACUAAAGUGGGGCAUUUUGGGUUAAAAACUUUUAAGUUUGAAAAUUUUGUCAGAUUGUGCCAAGUUUCCAAAAUAAUAAAUUGUUUCUUUUUGAGUAUAUUUUGAAUAUCUAUGCACUUUGUAUCAGCGGAACAAGCAAAGUGAUGUUAACGCAUCAUUUUUACUAUCCGAUCAAUCAAUCUUCAAACUUAACAUAGCAUGAUUACACUUGUACCUUGGAAUAUUCUGAGGAUACCAUUAAGUGUGCGGGAAUUGGGUGUAUCUCCAUCAUGCUUUGCAUUGCUUUCAAAACAUGGGACAGCACACUUGAAGUUUGUCCAUAAAAAAAGAAUGGACAUUUAAAAAAUAUUUACAUGGGUAUUGAAGAUUGCUCUCCUCCAAAAAGUUCUGUUAGCCCUGCUUCUAGCACAUGAUAAUAUUUAGAGAUGUCGGGUCCGAUCACGUCAUUUUCAAAGUAUCGGAAUCGGCAAAAAAAUAUCGGCCAUGCCUUUUUUAAUAUAUAUAUAUUUUAAUUAAAUCGUUUUCUAAAUGUAUUUAACGUUACAGACAUAAUGUCACACUCAUUCAGAGUCUUUAGUUUAGGCUUAGCGUAGGGUUAUCAUUAAUAUCCCGUAAAUGGCGGCAUGUACUUGUUUGAUAAAUGGGUCUCGUUAAAGUAUUUUAAAAUAUUAAUAUUUGCGCUGUACGACCCAUUCACACGCUGUCAUUCUCAAUUUGUUGUGACGCUGUUUUGCUGUCAAAGAGAGAUUAAAAUCAGCAUUAAUUGAACAGGGUAAAAUUUGGCAGUAUUUGAAACUGUCUAACAUUUGAUUAAAACCUUGGUAACUCUUUCCCUAUGAUUAGGAGUGUCAUGGGAAGCUAUGUGGGGAAGCAAGGUGGCAAUAUUCAUUGUCUAUACACCAUAACUUAUUUCCCAAAGCACAGAUGGUAUAUCCAUUGUUAGCAUGACUCACAGUCAUGACUUUACUUCCCAUCAUGGUUCCACUUUCCCAUCAAGCCUUGGGGCGUGCUGCAGUAUCUGAACUGAAAGCUCAACAAAUACACUAGAUGGCAGUAUUUAGUCACAAUACACAAAGUCCCAAGUCUUUCUAUCCGUGGAUCCCUCACAGAAAGAAUGUUAAUAAUGUAAAUGCCAUCUUGAGGAUUUAUUGUCAUAAUAAACAAAUACAGUGCUUAUGUACUGUAUGUUGAAUAUAUAUAUUCGUCCGAGUUUUAUUCAUUUUUUUCUUAAUGCAUUGCCAAAAUGUAUAUGAUCGGGAAAAAUUAUCGGGAAUGAUCGGAAUUGAAUCGGGAGCCAAAAAAAGCAAUCGGAUCGGGAAAUAUCGGGAUCGGCAGAUACUCAAACUAAAACGAUCGGGAUCGGAUCGGGAGCAAUAAAACAUGAUCGGAACAACCCUAAUAAUAUUUUUUGUUGGGAUUUAAUAAUCCGGA